CAUUUUGAUCUUCAAUUGUUCGUGACUUUCUUGACCUUCAAUCCCAACUUCUUCUUUUCCACGACCUCUCUCCCUCCUUUGAUACCAACGAAGAAGACUUGAACUCGUCAUCAUGUCUGCUGCUCCUUCCUCCGCCGAUCAGGACUACAAGUCCACCCUCCUGCCGCUGCUGAUCUCGAACAAUGUCCUUUCGUUCGGUACUUACGUGCUGAAGUCCGGUCGCGAAUCGCCUUACUUCUUCACCUCCUCGCUCCUGCACACUGCGCCCCUCCUGCGCGCCACUUCUGCCGCCUACGCGAGCGUCCUCUCUGCCGAGCCUUUCGUGACCACCGCCGCCGACGGCACCACCAAGCCCAACUUCGAUAUCAUCUUCGGCCCCGCUUACAAGGGAAUCCCCAUCUGCGCUGCUGUCACCAACGAGCUCGCUGUCCGUGACUCGCUUUCCGGCUCGCCCAAGGGUACUUGGGAAAACGUCAGCUACUCCUUCAACCGCAAGGAGGCCAAGGCACACGGCGAGGGUGGAAACAUUGUCGGCGCUCCGCUGAAGGGCAAGCGGAUCGUCAUCGUCGACGAUGUGAUUACUGCCGGUACUGCGCUGCGUGAGGCCGUUGGCAUCAUUGAGAAAGAGGGUGGUAUUGUUGCCGGUGUCGUUGUCCUGCUCGACCGUGAGGAGCGGGUCAGCGACUCCGAGCCCAAGAGCGCUAUCGGAGUUGCCCAGCGGGAUCUCGGCGGCAACAUCCCCAUUCGCUCGGUCAUUGGUCUGCACGAUUUGAUCGAGAAGUUGGGCGACAAAAUCGGUGCCGCUGAAAUCCAGCGGCUGAAGGACUACCGGGCUCGCUACGGUGCCGAGUAAAUUGGGCCGGAAAUGAGAAACGAUGUAUGAGACCUUAAAAAAGAGGACUACCUAAUGAUACCAGGAUAGCCCGGAGUGACUCCAAUCUAUAUAUUCACAAAGACCACUUGUCCUCGUGCCGUGCUUAUCUUGCAAGCUCCUUUGAAGUCAAAUGCCCUCCUAUAUGCGAUAUCUGCCGAAGAGUGAAUUAGCAGCAAGGCUUACCCACGAACAGGUAGGACAUGCCUUUAUCGUCUGGGUUGCCCAAAGCCCGCUCCAAUCGGGGAGUAGGAAACUCUAUCGUUCACAUACCACUUCUUCCAGUGUCUUGGUCUGUGUGUGAAAAUUGAUCAAUCUCUCCCACCAUGAUGAGUAGAUAGUCACGCCAUGAAGCUCCUUUGCUCCCGGAUAUCUAAAGCACCCCUGGAGAACAUGUCGUACAUGUCAGCCAAAUUCCCCGAAGACCACUUCAAUGUCUCGGAUGGAGUCAAUGUCACCGGCGAUACUAAGCUUAGUUCAAUCGUAUCGGGCAAAAUAAAUGACACUGGCGAGCAGGAAGACAAUCAAUCCGGAUAUACGAGCAGGCUUCGGUCACACAAAACACAGCAUAGGACCAAACAAACUCGUUUUGGCGUCUUCUGAAUAAGGCAGGCACUGUACACGACCUAGGAGCUCCAACAGACCCUAUCCUAACGCGUAGAAAAUGAAGAUCUGAUCGCGCUCAGACCGUAUGGGAAGGGGCAUUCUUCUGGAGAACGACGCUACAGACAAUUAAGUCUCGUGUCAGACAUGCAUAACUUCCAUUCACCGAUGUUCAUGCAUGAGGGAGAACGUCUCCUAUGGUUACUGUCCAGAGCUAUAAAGAGGACAAUGGGGGUUCUUCCGUUCAUUGGCAUUGAGCGUAGAUUAGGCGACUAGGGGACCUCAAGUAUACCAUGGAGCAAGGCACUUACUGAAAUUCCUCGCCCAACGG